GUAAUUUUCAACUAACCACCGUAAGAACCGGGAUCAGCUGGGUCAAAUAUUUUCCAUCUUUUUAACGUCUACCAUCAACAGAUCAGUUGAGUUCUAGUGACCCCGGAGGAAUGAAAUAGCUGAUUGGACAAAUAUGGCGGAGUUGACUGAAUUCACUGCAGAGAAUGUUGAAAAAGCAGUGAACAACUUUUACUGCAAUGCCUCGAUGCAGCAGGAGGUCCAUCGUUGGCUGACGGCGGCCCAGGUCUCGCCCCAGGCAUGGUCGUUCUGCUGGAAUCUCCUCUCUCCGGAAAAAGGACUCCAAGUGCAGUAUUUUGGUGCAAGCUGUCUGCACACAAAGAUCAGCAGAUACUGGCAAGAAGUUCCGGCUGACCAGAUCGGAACUCUGAGGUCUCAACUCCUUGAACAGGUAGCUGUCAGCGCUACCGGACCUAAACUGAUCCUUACACGCCUCUGUGUGGCUCUGUCUUCACUGGCCAUUCAACUGAUGCCGGAUGCCUGGCCCAACUGUAUUGAUGAACUGAUUGUUAUCCUCCAGAAUGACUCUUCCCCACUCAGUUCUACCCAGCGAUGUACCGUGCUGCUGGAAAUAUUCACUGUUCUCCCUGAGGAGUUCUUCAGCAUGAGCUUAACAAAUGCCAAGAGGUCUUCUGUACGCUAUGAGCUGAGUCAGAACAUGGUGAAAAUACUGGCCCUAUUAACAAACCUUAUGAGCCCGAACUCACCCAAGGAAGUAUACGAGCAUGCCCUUAAGUGUUUCGCUAGCUGGGUGGAAUUUGGGGUCCCGAUGAAUGAGGCUGAGGGCAUUAUUGUCCAAGUCUUUCAGUCUUUGAAUAGCGAACACCUGUUUGACACGGCAGUGGAUACCAUCGUCAAAGUUUUCUCACAUGGUGACUCUCACAAGUUCUCUCUGACAAUCCAGAAGCUGAUGCCCUUGGUUCUACAGCUGAAGGAAAUGCUCAACAAUGCUAUUAUGAAACAUGACAUAGAUGUGUGUCAAGGUGUCGCCCAGAUUGUUGUGGCUCUGGCUGAAAACCACACGAAAAUACUCCUGGAGAGCGCCUGCGGUGAUGACGAUAACAAGAAGUCAGAUGCCCUCAAACUUGUCAGCCUUGUAUUGGAGUGUUCGAGUGUGCCAGGCCAUUACCCGAUUGACGAGCAAUGCAGCAGUUUGACCUUCACCUUCUGGUACAUACUCCAGGACAACCUGCAGGACUUGCCAGUAGAGAAAUACCACCAGCUGUUGCCCAUGUUCCAGCCUGUCUACCUGAGCCUGAUAGAGAACCUGCUCAUCAAAGUCCAGUACCCUCCAGACGACCUGUACAGCUCAUGGUCUGCAGAGGAAAAAGAGCAGUUUCGCUGUUAUAGACAGGACAUUGGAGACACAAUGAUGUAUGCCUACUGUAUCUUGAGGGAGCCGCUGCUUGGAUACCUGUGUAACGCCCUGGCAUCCCUGGUUAGGAUGGAAAAGGAACUGGACAUUCGCUGGGAGUUGAUGGAGGCCAUAUUCUUCCUGUUUGGCUCGGUGGCAGAGAGUGUGGACUUAGAAGAGGCUCUGUAUUUACCUGCUGUACUUGAUCUGCUGCCAAAGAUCCCUUUCAACAACAUUAAAUUUAUCUCUACAGCUCUCUCCAUGCUUGGCUCAUUCGGUGAGUGGAUGAGUUAUCACCCACAAUCCCUGACCACGGCCAUCCCACUGCUGCUACAGGGACUCGAGAGCCCAGAGGCAGCCCAGGCUGCGUCAAUGGCCCUCAAGGACAUCACCCGGGAAAACCUGGACCACAUACGACCCUACGUUCAUCAGAUACUGCAGGCGUGUCAGGCUGCCCUUGCCAGGGGACACUUGAAGUCCCGUGAGAAUGUGCGGCUCAUGUCGUGUAUCGGUCAGGUUCUGUCAGUUUUACCGUACAGUGACAUCAUAGAACAGCUGAACCCCAUCCUUAUCCCACACAUUGCUGAGCUGGAACAACUUGCCAAACAACAGCCAUCAGGAGCGGUCAAGAAUAGCAUCCUCCUGAAGUUGAACAUGCUGAGCUGGCUGUUUUCCUCCCUGGACACGGACAGAGAGAUGAGUGCUGAUAAGCCCAAGAAGGAGGGACCCAAACCGGUGUUUAUGAUUCUACAACAGAUAGCCCCGAUACUUCAAACCAUAGUCAGCAACUGGAUCAACGACACAGGGGUGAUAGAGAGCGUUUGUGAGAUGUUUAAGCGGUCACUGCAGACAUUGAUGGAUGAUUUUGCCCCGCUCGCUAAGGAUACGGCAGAACUCCUCACACAGAUAUACCAGGCUGUGCCACAUAUAGCCAUUCUUGAACUGACCAAACAGCUGCUCCUGGUAUUUAACACAGAGCCAGACUUUGAGCCAGCAGCCCAGGCCCUGGUACGGGCCAUAGUCACAAAAACACAGUCACUCUUCCUAGGGGAUCUGUCUAACAUACAGCAGAAUACAGACGUGGUGGAGGCUUUUAUGAUCAUGUUAGCUCAGACAAUCAAGAAGACCAAACAGAUUGUGUUUGAUUCUGGUAUAGAUAUUUCCAGUCUGUUCCAAGCAGGCUUGGUUGGGAUGUCCUUGCCAGAGAACCAUACUGUGAAGGCUUCCUGUAUUUUCCUGUGUGAGCUGCUGUCUCAGGCGAGUGUGCCCGUGGUGAAGGAGGCGGUGCUGGUACAUGGGCCUGUUCUCCUCGAUAGGAUCAUGAGGGCAAUCGGUGGUGAGUCACCACGGCUAGUAAUGGAACACAUUGCAGACGUUUUAUUCUCCCUGUGUAAAAAUUAUCUUUCUGAGGUGCGGGGCUGGUGUCAAGAUUUUGUCUCUCGGGAAGACUACCCCUCCCCUCGGUGCACUACCGAGGAUAAAGACAGGUUCAUGAAGUCAGUAAUGAGAGAGCGUGUGAGUAAGACCAAGGUUCGGACCCUUGUAAAAGAGUUUACUCUCCUUUGCCGUGGACUGCUUGGCACAGAGUAUGCCUCACAGAUUGCUGAACAAGUGCUCUGACCCUAGGUCACCAUAGAGCUUUCAGAAUAGAGUUAAUAUAAUAAUGUUUAUGGACUGUACUGGUAACCCUAGAAUUUAUCAUUUUCUGGAUAGAAAACAAGGAUUUAUAGAAAUAUUUUUUAAUGGCAUUUUGUUACAGAAAAAAAAGAAUUCUAGUGCAAUGUGUUAAUAACCACUGUAAAACUACACUUGCUGUUUAACAGAAAUAUUACAUGAAUACAAAAAUGUGUUUAUAUUUUUCUUAACUUCUGUCUGUAUAUUUUUUGUAACUUUUCAACAGUUAAACAUGAUCUGACAUGGGUAGUUUGAAAACAGUUAACAGGGGAAGGGGGUAUUUGGUAAGGUUUUUGAUAGGGGUUAGUUUCGAACACAGAUGAAUAUCACAUUCAUGUUCAAUAAAACCUUUUAAGUAUUAAGACUGGUAUAGGGCAUUGUUACUCGUCCCAUUAAGGUAUUACAGCAUUUGGUAAAAAUGUUAUAAAGUGUGUACCUGUGUGGGACUUUGUUAGAUUAUACAAAGUUCACAAUUAUUUCUCUUUUCCAUAUGAAUAUUUUUUGUUUAACAAAAGUUACAAGAUUUUUUAUGUUUUCCAACUUUUUAUCCUAUCGAGGGUAGUUUUUGAAGGGGCCAUCUACUUUUUCCUUCUUUUUGUCAAAACCUAUUAUUCCAAACUGUCAUUUGAAAUAAUGCCAAUCUGACUGGCCUGUCCUGUACUACAUUUUCAACAACUUUAAACUUUCAUUCAGAUCUUAGGUUCAUUAUAAUUUUGAUAAAAAAUGUUCUUAAAAUGAUGUAAAAAUGUCCUUAUUUUCCUACUUUUUGUCAUAAAAACUACUUAUUUCUCCUACCUGUCCAGAAAGCUCAUACAAUCUGUUUUUCUAUGGGACAUUGCCGGAAAGAGGCACAGUAUAAGAAUUCCCUUAUCUGACUUUAAAAAACUUCUGUGUUUCGGGGAAAUACCAUAUCUGUUCCAAUAGAUGCUGCCAAUUAUAAGCCCCUGUAUUGACCCCAAAAUGUGUUGUUUAUAAUAUGAUUUUUGAAUAAACUCCUGAGAUACAGCACUACAAAAAUAAGUUACAACGCUGUCAGUUGGUUGCAGGAAAAUGGCAGCGGUAACAAUGGUGACACAGAAUAAGCUGCAUUAGUUUUCAGCCUGGUCAAGCAUUCAAGCAUUGCUCAAAACCCAGAAUCAAACAAGAUUAUCCCCCCCCCCCUGCCUCCCGCUUGCAUGUCUAUAAGGACAAAUAUGGUACAAAGUAAUAGGGUUUUGCAAAUCAAAUAUGGAUGUGCUUUAUUAUCUGUUUUGAACAAUUUGUUUUUAUGAAUGUUGUAACUCUGGCAAAUUUAUGAAAUUGUCAUUUGUAAAUCACCAUGGUUACAUUAUCUGUUGUGUUGUGAGUGUUUAUCAACCCCAGCUUGGAUGUUUACUAGCUUUUUAAGUGCUAUUUAUUGUACAUUUGUUUUAAAACUGAGAUUAACAUCAACUUCUAAAGGUUUUCAGAAAUAUAUUAUUACCAUAUAAUAUGAAAUAAUUUGGAUGUUUGUUAUUUCAAGUAGGAACUUCCUUUUGAAGGAUAUUCUGUGUUGUUUAUUUAUAUUACAGAUGAAUGAAAUUAAAAUAGAAACUUUAAUAAAAAUUUGUACAUAUGUUAUUUAAAUAACACGUAGUUCUACUUUUUCGCUGCGGCGUAUCUUUCUAUAUAUUUGUAUGAAAUUUUAUGCAUAAAACCUUUUAUACAUUAAUGAGUAAUUACAAAAAACUAUUGAAAAUAAUUGUUUUAUCUCCUCUAGUUAUAUAAAGAAUUGGCCCCACAAUUAAUGCUGAAAGUUUGGUGCCUGGUGACCCUGUAAAAGUGUUUUACUGUAUGACUGAAAUUGCACAUUAAAAAGUUAUUGCAGGAUGUAUUUUACCUAUUUUCAAUCUUUCUAGGCCAAAAAAAGUUUGUUGUAUAUAAUUUGUCUGUAAUUUCACUCAUUCCUAUUUGCUCGUCAAACUCUUACCAAUGUCGCCAAUAUACAAUGUUAUACAGGGUCACAAUUAAGGCUUCCAAAUUCACAUAUUUGUGAACCAGAUCCCUGAUCACUGUGUUGAUAUUUCCUUUGUGUUUACCAAUAAUGUUUAUAUAAAUUUACUUCAUAUUUGCUGUAGCAAAAUCAUCUUAAAUGUUUAAGGAUUGAUCUGUUUUUUGAUCUCAGAAUUUUUGUUUUAGUGGACCUCAGAAACAAGCAUUUUAACAUUUAUUUCAAAUCAUCACUCCUCUUGUAAUCAUGCUGUAUAUGUCAGUACUGCUGUUUCCAUGCUUGACCAUCACAAAAAUUUAAAGGUAAAACUUUGUUACUGCUGGAACAAAAAACACAAACCAAGUUAGCAUUUCAUUUUUACCAUAACAAAAUCAUUUUUAUAUACUUUCGCUGUAUGCCUUGUUCUGUUAUUUUACCCCAGCAAACAGUGUUUGAAGGGGUGUCUAUUGGAGUCACCAUAUGAUUGGUUGGUUGGUCUGUCAAAUGCUCAAUCUGUUACAAAAAGUUUGUGGAGUGAACUACUUAAAUAGAUAAAGAUGGAUUGUUCUGUUCUUUGGUAAAAAGACAUGAUAACAUGAAGUGGAAGUGUACUAGGCUCUACACAUUGCCCUUAAAGUGAAGUUGAAAUUUACUUUUAAGGCUACAAUGGGAAUUUGAGAACAGUUUUAGAGGGGUUGUUCUAAAGGUUUAUUCACAUAAUUACCUUGAAGGGUACAAGUGCAUUACAUAGGUCAAUAAGGUUGUAUGGAAAUCAUUUUUUCCAGUGUGAUUAUCAAGUCAAACUGUUUGCGAUCUAUAUAAAUAGACAGGUCAAUAUGAAGAUUUACUCUGUUUUCUAAAAUUGCGAAAUUGAUCAUGUAAUAAUGAUUGUUAUAAUUCCUAUGUUCUACCUGAAACUACAACUAACAUCCUGUCAAUACGGCGUUUGUGGGUAGUCAUCACCCCAGUGAGAGCUCUUGUUUGUAACUGUCUGAAAGGACUAUAUGUUGCAUUUGGAUAAAAUAUGCCACAAUAAUGAUACCGAUUCAACGUCUCUUGCCAAUUCAUUUUCAUAUUAAACGUUGCUUAAUGAAUGCAUGUGUUUUUAUUAUGUUUAUGUUUCAAAUACAAAUAACGCAAUACAUUGUUCUUAGUACUGCAGCAGUUCGGAUUUCACAAUGUAUAGUAUUAUUUUUCUUUGGAAUAUAAAUGUAUCUAGUAUACUAGGAAAGAAAGUAAAUCUCUUGAAUGUGGGCGAGAUUGGUGCAGCGGUAUAGGUGUACACCUAAACACCUCUCACAUAAGAGGUCAUUAUUCAUAUCGGACCAGGGCAACAUUCUCAUGGCUUUCAAACAAGGACACUACUGCGUUCUGCCCAGGAAGCAUACUCCAGGGCACAGUUUCUGUAAUGAUUGUUAGGCUUAAGAUUGUUAAUUUGGAGGCGUUACCCCAAUUUUGGCAUUGUGUUUCUAUAAAAAAAUUGUAACAACAUUACUUCUUCUUAUUAGAGAUAGUUUACUGAAUGUUUUUACUAUGUUAUUCCCUUGGGUAACUAGUAAUUUUCAGCAAACAUUUAUUCCCAAGUUAGUAUUUAAACGUAAAUGGGUAUGAUGUCUACGAUUCUCCUCGCAUCACAGAUUUAUGACAAAAAUGCUUUAUGUUAUUGUGAACUAUGAGUUGUUACUGCUAAGCAUGAAUAUUUUGGUUGUAUUUUAUGACAAUGAGAAAUCACUUUAAACUGUCAUAAUAAUUAUAAGAAGUGCUUUAUCAUUAUAUCUAUGAAUGUUUUCUCAAAAGCUCUGAUUUGUUUUGUAUGUUUCUCCUGUCUUGAGCAAGCAUGUAUGGAUUACAUUGUGUUAUGUCAUUCAAUGCAAUAUAUAUAUAUAUUAAAAUAUUAAAUCAUU